AUGUCUGAAGAACUUAUUUGUCGUUGUAAAGGUUCUUUGAAUGAACCAUUUGCAUCUCUAAAUGAUCUUUCUGUUCAUCAUGUAUCUUAUAAUGAAUUUGAAAAACAAUAUGCUGAAUUAUCUCAUUGGUGUGAUAAAAUUUAUGAAACAAUAACUAAAGUUUCAACAAAUGCUUUAACACGUUAUCUUCGACAAAAAUAUUAUGAAGAAUUAUAUGAACAAGGUCUUAUGCGUUUACGUAUGUUUGGUCAAUAUGCUGAUAAAUUAAAUGAACGUUUUCCUGAUUUAAAAUCAAAUAUUCAUGAUAAAAUGAUAAGAAUUAAUCGACAAUGGAAUCUACUUGAAUCAUGUUUUAUUGAUUAUUUAGAUGAAAAUUUUGAUCGAAUACUUCAAGAUUUACAUAGUGAAUUAAUUUUAUUUGAAGAAUGGCUUAGUAAAACCGAAGAACAAUUAUGGACAUUUGAAUCAAAUCGAAGUGAUGACAUUUCAUUAGAAGAUUUUCAAUUUAAGCUUCAUCAACAUACGAUAUUACAAGACGAAAUUAAAUCAAGAAAUAGUCGUGUUUCAUCAAUUAUUGAAAUUUGUGAACGUUUAAAAAAUGAUUAUGAACAACAAGCUGAACAAGUACCAUUUGAUUUAGCAAGUGAUCUAGAAAAUCGAUGGCAUCAAACAUGGAUUAAUUCUGUUGAAAUUCAAUGUAAACUUGAAGAACGUUUCAAGAUUUUACAAAAUACAACUUCAUCUACUCUAAUCGACGAAGGCGAAGAAACUGAAGAAGCAGAAGAAGGAGAAGAAGAAGAAGAAGAAGAAGAAGAUAUUAUUCCAUUUAAUUCAAGUGAAUACGAAAAAAUUCCUUUAACACCAUCGAACAGUAGUAUAGAUAGUUUAAAUUCUGCAAUACAUAAUCGUAAACGUCCACGAUCUCCAUUAAUUCAACAUAUUAACAAUAAUAUUCAAUCAAAACCAUUUUAUAUACAAAGAAAAAUGGCAACAUCAAAACGACGUAUGUCAUUAAAUCUCUUACCAAUUGAUUCUCCAUCAACAUUUUAUUAUUCAUUAACAAAUAUAAAUGACAUUGAUGAUCAAACAAUAACAAAGAAACAAAAAAAAACAUUAUCAAAAUUAGACAUUGGAUAUGAAAGUGAAGAUGAAAAUAAUCAUUCACAUAAAAAUCUUCAAUCAAUAUAUCGUAUAAAAAAGAGUCAAAGUGAUUAUUUAAUUGGACAAACAAUACCAAAUAAUAAUAUUUUUUUAUCUUUAACACAUUCAUUACCAUUAUUUGAACAUUAUCAUCAUUUACCAACAUGGUGGAGACAUUCAAUAACAUCAGCAUAUGAUACAUGUUCAAAUCCUGAUAUUGAUUUUAGUAUUGAAGAAACAAAAACACAACAAACAAAACCAUCUUUACUUAUGUAUAGUAAAAAAUAUACAAAAUUUAAACGUAUAAAAUCUUCUUCACAACAACAAACAUUAUCAUCACCAAGUUCAAAUAUAAAACAAAAAAAAUUACCAUUAAAUCCAACAUCUAAUUCUUAUGAUGCAAGUGCUGAAUAUACAGAUCCUGAACAAUCAGAAAAUGAUGUUGAUAUUUUAUCAUCAGAUUUUAAUUCAACAUCACCUAUUCAUCAUUAUCAAAAUUCUGAAUCUCAAUAUUAUAAUCGAUAUACAACAACAACAACAACAACAACAGGAUAUUCAUCGGAUAUUGAAUUAGAAACAACAACAACACCAUCUGAAACGGAAGAUCAACAAAUUCAAUACUAUGAUGAGAACGGUGAAGUAUCUCAAAUGAAGAGUGAUGAAUUGACUUCACCAUCGGCAGUCGCUUCAGAUGGAUUUAAUUCACUUAAUACAAUUAUAAACGAAAAAUUUGAAAGUUCUGAACCGUGUUGGGACGGAUAUCAAAAUCCACUUUUUUAUCAUUUCAAUUCUCAAGAUAUGGAUUCAAUAGAAACGACACUUAAAUGGGAAGAUCAAUUUUUAGAAAUGGAUCAACCAAAUAAUUCAUCAUCCGACGAUGAAAUACAUUUAAAUGAAAAUUUUAAAUAUAUUCUAAGGAAUAACGGUGGUUCAUCAUCAUCAUUGACAGGAGGUGUUACUAGUUUCAUUGGAAAUAAACAAGUAUUAGAUUCAGAUUCAGAUUUAGAUGAUUUCAAUUACGUUUUAAACGAAACUGAACGACAAUUAUAUAAAGCACGACAAAGUUUAGACAAAAAAAAACGUCAACAACCAUUUGCAUUAAAUGAUCGUAAUCUUCGAAAAUAUGAUGAAGUUUUAAGAACUUGUGAAACAAAUAUUCAAUGUUUACAACAAAUUUUAAAAAAUAUUCAUCGUUCAAAAAAUUCACGUCUUAAUAGUACAAAAGCUAUUGAACAAUUACAAACAUAUUUAUCUGAUUGGCAUGAUAUGCGACAACAAGUAAAUGAUGAUCGAAUACGUGCACGUCAAUUAUUAUAUAUAUCACAAGAAAUAAUAAAAUUGAAGAUACGUUUAGACGAAGAAUUAUCUCAUAUUGAUUCCAUUUAUAAUCGUCAACAUCCAUGGUUAGAUGAAAAUUCUUUAAUUGAAUUAAUACGUCGAAUUAAUUAUGAAAUUGAAUCUGAACAAGAUUCUCGACAAAAAUUAGUUUCCUAUCGUACUGAUAUUGAUUUAGCUGAAGAACAUCUUAACGAAUAUCGAAUGUCACAUUUAACUGGUCCAUCAUCAUCAAAUAUUGAUGAACAUUUAUAUAGUUGUCGUCGAGCACUCGAACAACUUACUGAUAAAAUGGACACAUAUCAAACUCAAUUACGUACAUUAUUAACUAUUGUUGAUAAUCUUCUACCUAUUGAAACACAGAUUGAACAAAAAUUGACAGCUUGUGAAUACAAUAACAAUUAUCAAAUUGAACUUCAAAAUAUUCAAAAAUUAAUGGAUAAAUAUGAACAAAUAAUAAGUAAUAUAAAUUAUUCAAAAUCAUCAACAAAUAAUUUAUAUUCAAAAUUAAAAAAACAUUGUCAAUAUAAAUUAGAUUUAUAUAAAAAAAUGUUACAUGAAUUUCAUCGAAAAACACAAUCAAAACAUGUUUCAUUUGAUGGUUCAAUUAAUUUAAAUAAUAAUAAUUCAUCAUUUUCACAAUUUUAUACUAAUGAUAUUAAUCAAAAUACACAUAGAAAAAAAUCUCAACGAACAGAAACAUAUACAACAGCAACAACAUCAAAUGAUAUUAAUCAACAUUAUCUUCAUGAUGAUACAUCAACGAAACAAAGUUCAACAUCAUCAUAUAUAUCUGAUGAUUGUAAAGUUUUAUAUAUUGAAACAGUUAUUGAAGUAGCUAAACCAGUUUUUUAUGAACGAACAAAUGAUACAGCAACAACAACAAAUAGAGAAUAUCAUUAUCAUAAACAAAUUCCACAAACAAUAAAUAAUAUUCAACAAUCAUCAACAACUAUAAAACAAAAUCAUGAAUCAUCUGAUGAUGAUGAUGUUGAAUUAAAUAAACCGGUGAAUAUAAUAAAAAGAAAAAUUCAACAACAAGUUGAUAGUGGAAUUGAAUAUGAUCAUAUAAGUCUACCACCAUCAACAUCAUCAUCAACAAUAUUUAAUCAACAAACAAUAGAUAAUAAUAAAAAAUUAAUAUUUCCAUUAAUAAAACCAAAUAUAAAUCUUAAUGAUGAUUCAAUACAUAUUCAACGUUCAUCUAAAACAAAAACUAUAAAUAAAGAUAAUAUAAAAUUAAAUACUUUAACAGAUUCAUAUUGGAAUCGUUUAAAACAAAUAUGGUUACGUUCAUUAUUACUUGGCCUUUUUUUAUUAUUUCUUUUAUUUUUGAUUUAUUUCUUUCGACUUGACACAUGUUCAAGAUCAAGCAUAAUUCGAACAGUUUCACAAAAAAUACUAUCUGUUGAACAUCAAGGUUUGCCAACAAUUUGA